GCUAAAAUAGAGCUGAAUUUUUAUUCUUACCCUUUAGAUUGUCAUAAUGACGCAUGUAACUGCUGAUUUGGAAUAUUUCAAAUGUGAGUUGUGUGGAGUGUACCUAUACAAAGAUAUUUUUUGUGAUCACCGACGUGAAUGCAAAGGCCUAAAUAGCACGGAAUUGAAAAAGUCCGAAUGCCAUAUCCUUCAAAAGGAGCUUGAUCAUGAUACUCAGCAGUUAGUGACUAGCGUUACAUCUGGGUUAGGUUUUUCUACUACUGACUCUCCUGGAAUGAUGCAUAGAUGCAAAUUUACCACAGCUGAACUUCAAAAACGGGCUGACGCUCGUAUACAGAGCAAGGUUUCGGAUAAAUAUCAGGAACGAAUCGACAAAAAGUUUGCUGAGGAGUUAUUAAACUCUGAGAAGAGAUCUGCCCUUUUGAGUUUUCUAAGCGAUGGUAUUUGAUACUAUUAUCCGGCAAUAAUUUUUACGUAUUAGAAAAAAGGAGUCGAAACUUAAGCAUAAUGACGUGACACUUUCAACAUGUUUAAAAGUGUGUGGACAAAAAAAUUACCAAUGGGUUAGUGUUAUUACUUUAUUGCUUUACAUGCUCUUCAGCUUAGUUUUCGCUAUGUAACCGAAGCAUAUUGCAUAUAUAUCAUCAAAAAAAUGUGCGUUAA